GUCGGAAUCAACUCUUUGAGAUCAACCUCAAGGAGGUGAAGCUGGGCGCUGAUGUGGCCGUGAAGGGGCUGGUCGAUAAGACCAAGGGCUACAGCGGCGCAGACGUGACCAACGUCUGCCGUGAAGCAGCAAUGAUGGGCUUGCGCCGCCGCAUGCAGCAAGCGCGGAAGGAGGGAAAAAGCUUGCAGGAGUUGAACAACCUGAAGCAAGAGGUGGACGUGCCGGUUACCCAGGCGGAUUUCCUGGAGGCGAUCUCCAACGUGAAUCGAUCCGUGGGCAACGAGGAUCUGCAACGCUUCACGGACUGGAUGAAGGAGUUCGGAAGCGUCUGA